GACACAGAGAUAAAAACUGAAAGCGAUUAACAGCUACAGCGAGUGUAUUUAGCAUUCAUCAGCAAUUAAAGCAGCAAUAAGCAGCAACCAGCCGCGUAAACAUUCAGACUUACAUCAGUGGCAAAAUGAACACGACAUCUGAGAUGAAGCGUCUGACGAUUUACAUGUUGGAGUCUGCACCGAUAGACGACCAGGUCCAGAUAGCACACGAUCAUCUGUUACCCCUGGUUGAAAAAAUCCACCCCAGUCAGGCCAAUAAGAUCACCUGGAUGCUGGUGCAAGACGAAAACAACUUUGAAAUAAUGAACAUGAUUGGAGAUCCUGAGCAUCUGCGUGUCAGGGUCGACGAAAUGGACUCUCUCCUGAAGGCGAGAGAAACUGAUCAGAAGCCGGAAACACUGAAAGCAAUUUUCAACAGCAACAAGAAGAGAAGAAAUAAGAAAAAGAAGAAAUAUUUAGACUGAAAUUCCAUAAAUU